AUAAUUAAGAACUGUCUCGCGUGAGGAGAUACGGAUGAUUUCCCACAAAACUCUACAAACGUAAACCCUUGCUUCACUACCACACAAGACCCUGUAGAUUUCGGCCAGAGAUCAUCACUAUCAAACCACAUCUCUUGAUCAGCAACAAGUAUAUCACAUGGAUAACUUCAACGAUCGACUCUUCCGUACGGUCAUAUUCUGCCUUUUGUUAAUCGGUUUACUCAAUAUUGUAUUCAUCGACACCCCCACCGGCUCAAAGCCAGUACUCUUUUCGUUACGAUAUCGCCUACGUCAACCCUCUCAUGAGAUAUGUUACAGUAGGAGUACCAGCCACAGAGAUGAACUUGAAGCAGCUUUGUCUAAGGCUUCCAUGGGGAAGAAGAGUACUACUGUAAUAAUCGCAAUUGUCAACAAGGGUUACAUAGAUCAGGGCGAAAAGCCAAUGCUUGACAUGUUUUUGGAUAGCUUUUGGGUCGGGGAAGGCACCAGGGAAUUGAUAAAUCGUCUUUUGCUAGUUGCGGUUGAUGAGAGGUCCUUUGAAAGGUGCAAGUUUCUUCGGCUUCAUUGCUACAAGCUUGAAUUAAUAUUGGACGAGGGCGCCAUGGAUUCUAAUGGUGAGAAGCUGUACAUGUCUAAUGAUUUUAUCAAGAUGAUGUGGAGGAGAACCCUCUUUCUGGGAGACGUACUCAAGCGGGGUUACAGCUUCAUAUUCACAGACACUGAUGUAAUGUGGCUAAGGAACCCAUUUCCAAGGCUGAGCCAAAACGAAAGUAUAGAUCUUCAAAUCAGCACCGAUCGAUUCAACGGAGAUGAACAGUCGGAAGCCAACCAACAAAUCAACACUGGCUUCUACAUGAUCAGAUCCAACAACAAGACCAUCUCUUUAUUUGAUGCAUGGUACGCCAGGAAAAAUAGCUCUGAGGGAUUAAAAGAGCAAGAUGUUUUAUUAAACAUGAUGCGUGCCGGCGUCUUCAGAGAGCUCGGCCUUGAAUUAAGGUUCUUGGACACCAACUAUUUCAGUGGGUUCUGUGAAGAUAGCAAGGACUUCCGAGCCGUUACCACCGUUCAUGCCAAUUGCUGCCGUACCAUUGUUGCCAAGGUGGCAGAUCUGAUGGCUGUUGUUCAUGAUUGGAAAAUGUUCAAGAGGUCAUCAUCUACCAAUCAGACUUCGACACCUAGAUCAUGGACGAAUCACAAAGCUUGUAGAGAUUCGUGGAAAUAAGAGGCAGUACCACUUGCUUGUCAUCUCCACAUAUGUAUGUAUGUAUGUAUGGGUGUGUAGGGUUAUUUUAUAUCAGAGAAAUGUUAUAGUUAUAAAGAAAAUUAUAAUGACAAAAUUAUAAA